UCUGUGCGCCAGUAAACAACCGCGUCGCGCCUUGCUGCGUCCCAUGUCUCGUGCUCAACUAUGUGUCUGAGUGCCGGCAUACACAGGAAGACAGUGCGUCAUCCGUGUGCCGCUCUAUGUAGGCUCCAGUGACAAGGGACGCCCCGCCGGGGGUACAGUCAGCCGGGACUCAUGUACUUGGCUAGGAGAGGAGAACAUUAUUACGUCAGGUUGGGUCAAUCACCCAGGAAGACCAGAAGAUUUCCAUUUCUGCGAAAAGGGGAUGUCAUGUCUGCGCCGGAGCCGCAGCCGCCCCCGCCACCGCCGCCGCCCCCGCAGCCACCGCCAGCGCUGCCCCCACGUCCGCCGCCUCCACGCCCCCGACCACGGCCACGACCACGCCGCUCUGCUUCCGGUGACGCGGCCGUCGAUGCCGCUGACGAUAUCCAGCCAGACUCCUCGCACAACGCAGAAGCCACUUCCCACCUCCAUGGGCCUCCACCCGCCCUGUCACCACCACCACAAGCUCUGCCACAUUCCUGCUGGCUCCGAAAAUAUGUUUUCCUCUGCACAGCAUGUGGAGGACUGUCUGUACUCUUGGGAAUACUGUUUCUCACAGUAUACUUCAUGCUACGAUCAUACACUUCUUCACUGAAUUACUUUGAGACUGUACCAACUUAUGUACCAGCAACUAUGCUCAUUGUCACUGGAUUAAUUGUGAUGUGUUUGGCAAGUAGGAAGAACCGUUACGAAUACCUGAUCAAGCUGUGUGGGAUAUGUUGUUUAGUUGGCGGUGUGCUGUGUAUUGUGGUGACCAUUAGCACAACAGUUAUACAUAUGAGUAGGCUCCAAACUCUACGUGAAUGUAUGUACACACAAAAGACACAGACCUGCACAUGCUAUUCUGCUUUGCUACAGUCAUCAGACAAAACGGAGGAAGGUUUACGGUAUGUUUUCAACUCAACACCAGACUGUGAUGUCAUCCAUGGAGCACUCUACUCAUGCUUACGAGCUUUAUUUGGAUUAUCUGUUAUUGGAAUUCUAAUAUGUAUUUUUUCUUGUAUGCUGGUCUAUCAGCUUCUCAGUCAUGAAAAAAAGAAAAUGUACUGGGAACAAUUGGAGAUGAGGUGUCGUUAUAUGUAUCGACAACAGCACACAGCACGCCACUGCAACUGCUGCGAUGAUUGCCGCUACCCACUUCCACAUGAAGGAUUCCCUUGGGAGGUUAUGGAUGAGAGCAGAUACUGGACACCACGCAGAGUGGGUAACCUAUAUUCACCAAACCCAGGUGAAGAUGGGAAUUCAAAUACACACAGGCCUACAUCUGGCUGGAGCUGGUGUCGUUUGCCCUGGGCUCGAGGCAAUACAACCAACCAAAAUACCAGAGAAAGCAGUCAAAAUUACCGGAAUACCACUAGCAGUCCAGACAGUCAAUAUGGUUUCAGCAGCCGUCCCAAUCCAGACAUGCAUAACCACCAGGGAGAGAGGAGAGUUGGUGUUGCAUCUGUACAAGUGGAGAGUUAUGGCCCAGGUUACUACAUGUGGGGACCACCACCGCCAUACUCAAACCAUAGUAGUCCAGCUCAUCGUGAACCUAUCCUUGGUGUGCUCCCACAUUCUAGUUCUAUGAGCCCACCAUGUGUCAGUCAUGUUCACAGACACUGUCAUGUACAAGGCCAGUUUCUUGGAGAGCAGAACUGCUUUGGUAAUUCACAGCUCCAGGCAGCAGGCUCCAAUGACACAAAUGUGGAAGAAGUUAGGAAAAAUGUGCUUACUGAAAGUUAUACAAAUGCAGAUGAAUCAAAAUUACCUGCUUCAGCUGACAGUAGCAGUGAAAAUACUAAAAAUUCAUCAGUUAGUAGAGAAAGAGUAAGUAACACACUCCCAGUACGAAAAGCAAAGAAGAGGAUAGAUAUUUCAUCUGUGAAAUCAGUUGCUAACAUACCAUUUUCUGUUGAUCAAAAGAAACAGCACACAUCUCCAACUCAUGUUGUUGCUAUUAAUACAACAUCCAGUUUCCCACGAAACAGUAUACAAGUAUUAUUUGGUCAACAACGUCAGAUAACAGAAGCAUACCGCAGUCAAAGUAUGUCUGAAAAAAUAGCAUUAAAUGAUUUUAAUGUUGCUGAUAAAUUGACUCCACAUCGUUUGGAAACGACUGAUGGUCAUUCAGAGCCAGAGGAUGAUGGAAGACUGCCAAAUCACAGAUCACCACAAAUGCGAGGAGUGGCAAGUUCAGCUUUUACUGUACAUGAAGCUCCACAUGGAAAUGGAAAUGAACCAACUGAAUCUGAGGUUUAUUUUGCUGAUGUUUCUUCUUGCUGUAAUGUGUCUGUUCACAAUGAUGGGCCAGAUUCAUCUUUCUAUGAUGAAGCUUCAGCUCCACAGAAACAAAAUGUUACAGCUUCUUCAGCAGAAGAGCCUAUUGUUCCCAAACCAGAAGUAUUACACCAAGUAUCACAGUGUUUUGCCACAUCAGAUAAAAGUCAUCAUCUUAAUAUGAAGCAAACAGGCAUACAGCAAAGAAGCAGUGUCACAACAAAGCAUGUUAAUUUAAAAAAUACUUCAGAAAAUGAAUUGGGAGUAUCAGAAAGUAAUAAUCAAUAUCAUAACAAGUGCAAGCAUGAAAUUAUUGAUUCUGAAUGUAAAAAUUCAACAACUGAUAUUUUUAAUCACCAAAAACAUACGUUAUCAAACAGUUGCUUUCAUUUCAUAUUAACAAGACAGAGGAGCCUGUCAAAAGAUAAUUUGUCAGUGGGCAAGCAGGAAGCAUCACAUCAUAAUAAUUUAUUGUGCAAUAAGCAACAUAUUGAACCAAAAUCUCAUGAUGAUUAUGACACUUCACAAAAUAUCCAACAGUCAGCCAUGUCACUUUCAGACUGUGAAGCUGGUGUUACUUCUCAUGUACCAGAUAAUAAUGAAAAUUGUUAUACAUGUCAGGUAACACACUCUCUGCCACAAUGUGACAAUUACAAUCACAAUUCAGUAUACUGUAACAAUGAUGUUGUCAUAGGAGAUACCAUUACAAGCCCAGAGCCCUCAUCAGUUCUAAGAAUACCCAAUGAUGAAGUAUUAGUGAGCAACAAGAAUAACCAGGAUGAAACUCCCUGCAUCUCAGCAGUGCUGCAGCUGAGUAAGCUUCACAUACAUCAGCAAAGGAACAGUAUUCAUAAAGCUAACAGUGAGCCUCUAGACAGCUUUCCCUUACUACAAAGAAAUAAACAUUUUCUGGCUCCUGAUGCACAGUAUGAAACAAUCCCUGAACAGCCACUGCAAAUAGCCAAACCCCAGCUUUUACACACUCACUGGCAUCACAAAAAUUUUAUUACAGUACAUGACACCUUUAAUGGAAAUAAUGUGGUAAACACUACAGGAAGACUUAAUGCAUCCCACUGCACAAACUUUAACUCCCCAGCAUCAUCAUCUCCUAGUGACAGAUGUUUAAAUUUUUUGGUCCCUACAGUGGCUAAUGUGGAUAGCUCCAUGAGACUGUCAAAUAAUCCAAACAACAUCAACAGUAGUAGGAGCUUCAUAGAAGGAUUGUAUCAAGCAAAUGCCAGUACUGAGGAAGAAUCUGAGUCACAGACACAGCAAACUUCGACCUGCUAUAGUGAUGCUACUUUGGACUCUGGAUGCCAUAGUGGAUCUGAAUUUGCUGCCACUCACCAGAGUGGCAGCACAAGAGGAAGAAACCAUAGUUCUAGAUCAGAAUGUGGAGGAGAAGUAAUGGGUGUUGUCGCAGUUCGUUCAGUUAAUGUAUAAAAGUACAAGAAGAGGAGCAGCUGUUUGGGUCAAAAACAUCCAGCUGAAUAAAUUGUAUAUAAGACUAAAAUGCAGAUUUCUUUCAGUCAUGAAAUGAUUCUUCCUAGCACAUCAAAACUGAGAUACAGAUUCUAAAACUGUAACAUACUCUAUAUUUCUGUGAGUCAGCUCAGUUUUUGUUCAGUGUAUCAUUUGUUGUUACAUAUCACAUUGAUAUUUUUGCUGCAGCUGUGUUGUUUCUAUGUUGAAGCAAAUAGGAGGAUAAUUCAGAUGCCAUUUUAAGUACAAAAAUGCAAAAAAAAAAUUAUCUACACAUGUUAAAAAUUGUGCAUUACAUACUGUGU